AUGCUCGCUUCCGUCUGCUGGCGCGGCGUUCCAGACAUGGAGGGCAUCCACCAUCAGGACGAAGCCACCACAUCCUCUUCUCCAACACACUCCCUCUCCCCUUCUCUCCCCGAGUUCUUGGAAAACAACUCCGCUCAUCCAACCUCAAAUGCCACCUCCAGAACCCAUGUUCCUGCUUGCCCACAGUGUGGGAAACAAUUCGCCAACAUCUACCGUCUCCAGCGGCACCAGUUAAGUCAUACUGAGAGUGCUGAGCUGCGCAAAUUUCGCUGCGAUCAGUGCAGUAAGGCCUUUAAAUUUAAGCACCACCUGAAGGAGCACGUACGCAUUCACUCAGGUGAGAAGCCUUUCACUUGUGCCAAUUGUGGCAAGCGAUUCAGCCAUUCCGGCUCGUAUUCCAGCCAUAUGUCAAGCAAGAAAUGCACUGCUGGAACAGUGGAUCCAGUUUUGGAGAUACCAACGUCUAAAGAGAUGGCGUUUACACAAUCACCUUCUUCUACACUGCAGCGAGCUCGGUCGGUGAUUAGGCCAGAGCAGACAAACAUUCUGCGGACCUAUUACCGUCUGAAUCCAAUGCCAUCCACAGUUGAGCUUCAACGGCUUGCCGAGGCAGCCAAUCUUCGACCCAAGGUGGUGCGGAUAUGGUUCCAAAAUGCCCGUUCCCGUGAUCGAAAAGGAGAGACUGAUGUGUCACAAGCUAAUGACGAAGAACCUCUUGAUUUAACGGUUUCAAGAAGAGGACCGGCGAUAACAUCCACACCUCCACCACUACAACCACCACUGCCUACAAUACCACUGCUCCCGCUACCCCUGUUGCCGCCACCACCGAUUCCAGUGCCCACUGUGAGUCAUCUAGCGACCCCACAAACACCAAUAUUCAAUCCUCAAACACUCGCGCAAAUGCUCUGUGCACGAAUUUGGCAAAUGCAGAUGGCAGAGGUGCCUCUAGAUCAACAACAGCAGUCACAGCCCUGGCCGAUGUACUUCAACUCCUGGGAGCAAGCUUUGAAGGGCUUGACUCCCAACUUUCCGCCAACAGAGGCGUCAGAAUCUCCGACCACGUCCCUAACAUCUCCUCCUCCACCUCCGCCUCCUCCAAUUCCUCAUCACCACUUCCUCUUGCCAACUCCCCAACCUCAAUUAAACUCUGAGGUGAAUACCAUUCAGGAGGAAGGAAGGAAAUCCACAGAAGAUCACUUCGAUAUUUUAUAUUCACCAGUUGAGUCGAGCGAUGGGAACAGCGGGUCUGCAAAGCCAGAGCAUGGGGUUCCAUCGACGGCAUCGAUCGCUCGAAGUCGGUACAUCUGCGACCAGUGCGGCAAGGUCUUCUCCAAGCACAGCUCCCUUGCACGUCACAAAUAUGAACACACCGGCCAAAGACCCUUUUCCUGCGCUUUUUGCACCAAGGCCUUCAAGCAUAAACACCAUCUGACAGAGCAUGAACGCCUACACACCGGUGAGAAGCCGUUUAAAUGCCAACGAUGCGGUAAGCGCUUCUCUCACUCCGGUUCCUACUCUCAGCACAUGAGCCUUCGUUAUCGCUACUGCCAAGCCAGUGGUGUGGAGAUCAAGUGA